AUGGUACUCUCCAGCUCUGAUGUGGAAGAUGAGCACCUUCUAAGAAUCCUGCUUUCUCUUCUAACGUUUUCCCAGCUAAUCUGUACAAUUUUUGAAUGGAUUGGGGCUAUAUAUACUCUUGCGGCUGAACACGUUAUACGUUCGGAGUGCUUCCGGCUUAUUUUCACGUACGUAUUUACACACUGCAUUCAAAUGGGUUUAUUUGCUACUAUCGCUGUUGACUUACUCAAUUCCAUCAUCAUCCCAUUACGGUAA